AUGUCGGUUGAUCAUAGGGAUGCGUUACUAUGGCUUCAAAACGAAAAUUUCAACAAGGAGGAUUACUCGGUCGGUGCUCGCGCCUUUCUGGAUAACUCUAACGUAGAUAUUAAUUGCAAAGCCGAGUUACAUAUGGGAUGCUGGGCUGGAUCUACUCCUAUUAAGGAUUCUUCACCUAGCUCUACCGAACCUACGUCUAUGUUGAGUGACAAAAGUAGCUCUCGUGGAACUGUUGAAACGAAGAAUUCUGAAAACACUUGUUUUUCCACUGAUACCGGUGACACGGAGCACCCGACCAGCGAGGGAUCCUUAUCACCAUUGCCUCCGUCCCAAUUUCUUACUGAAACAUCAAACUCGGUAUCGUGUUCCUUGCAAAUUGCUCCAACGGAAUUGAGUUCAUUAAAAUCAGAGCGUGAGGUCUCUAAUUCUUCAAAUGCUGCGGUGCUACGUAGUCGCGUGUCUCAGAUGGCUCACAAAGAACAGUUUUCGCAGGAGUUUCCCCUUAUCAGUUCGAAUGAGUACGUACCCGCAUCUGCUGUCAACGAUCGUCCGCCGUUCUACAAUUCUCAUUCGAAUUACUGCAACGGUCCUGCACAAAAUCGGAUGGGCUUCUCCGAGGUGGAGCGAUCACACUAUCAUAUUCAGUCGCCAUAUGGAUACAACACAAGUCUUGAUUAUUGCUCUGACUCCAGGAUGUUCUUUAAUCCACCUCUUUUCUCAGAUGUUCCAGGGUUGCCUAAAAAGCACCCCUAUCAAAAUGAGGUGUUUUGUCAAUCACGGCCCCAAAGAUUUCCAAAUUCCUGUCAACAAAGUCAUCCACCCAGUCCUCAUUUUUGGAAACCAAACAGUCGACCACCUGGGCUCCCAACCUUUCCUCAGGAUAGUCUAGACGUGAGGAGGCGCUUUGCCAUUCAACAGAUGUAUCAGAAUGCCCAGGUGCACCGGUGGUUCCCCGGAGUUGCUGGCCGGGAGUUCUAUCAUCAAAUACAAGAUCGCGUUCGGCAGCCGCAUUGUCCUUGGCUUGACCCAUACAGUCAUUUCCGUGGUCCGCCGUCAGAACAUACUGAGCCACUGAAAUACACAGUUUACUCCGCUGGUGGUGGUAGACUUCGCUACCCUGGUUACGCCCUUGGAGUUAACUCAUGUGGACCAGGUCGCUUUGCUUCGCCUUACCCUUGGUUCACUGAUGCGCAGCAUUACUUUUCUCAGCAAAAACCACUUCGUCCUGCUCUAGAGAGUCCCAAGAAACGCAAUGCUUCGUCUACACGGUGCUAUAAACGUAAGCGUGCGCUGUCUGUCAGUAACGUGAAAUUUUCAUCGCCUAAGUCCUCCACAGCCGAAGUCUAUGACUCCCUCGCUCUCAGCCGACUUCUGUCGGUCAAUGCUGCGCAGUGCGUGUCAUGGCCAGAACUGGAAAAUCCCAUUGACAUAUAUCCACCGGAACCGGCGUUGAAAAAGAGGAAAUUACCAUGUCAUGAGGCACCACCGAAUUUGGAGUCGCUGGCGAGCACGGACAUUCUAUCUCGCCGUGCCCAAAAGUACACCUCCCUACCGUUUGCCCUUCGUUCACCAGGGGUCUUAAACUCUCGUGACCUCCUUUCCUACCUAAAUAAUGAUCAAAAAACCAAAUUGGAUUCAAAUAAAAACCUUCUGAGCAAUGCUCUUGCCGCUGCAAUUACCCGAUUAAGCGAAUCUAGAUUGCUGACUACUCCUCCUUCACCGACCGCUCAUUCAAGCAUACCUGAUCCCUUAAAUUUAUUCACUACGCGGGAAGAGGAUGAAGCCACUUCACCCUUCUCGGAAAUUGUGCUACCGCCGCCCAAACGAUACCGGGUUCCUGAAAGUGUGAUAUCUGAAAUUCAGAGUAAUUAUCAACAAAUUGGAGAACCAACCUCUUUCCCUCGCUUUUGUGGGCUUCGAAACAUGCGUCCGGAAAAAAGAAUAACUAUGGAUAUGAUUAGGUCCGAUAUAACUCCCAUGCAUGUAUGUCAACAGUGCAAGAUGCAGCUAUUAUUUUCCAGCCCUCCUGUGUCUGAUCCCACAUCUUCCCCUGAGGAGGUCUUUUGCAGUGAAGCCUGCAUGCACAAGUAUCAUUCGACUCCAAGGCUGCACAGGCCCUCCACUGCAAUCUCAAACACCUUAUAUGCUGAUCCCUCCAUAGCCCCGGUACCGGUGUUGCUACAGAACCAUCCUUCUAAACUAUGCAAAACCAUACCAAAAUCGUCUUCCAUUUUUAAGUGCAGCAGACGAACUCAACUCAUUGUCAAGGAGCACGGCCUUCCUGACGCAAGCUUCAAGGCAGGGGACUGCAACACGCUAUGGCAGCACAUUCUCCACCUUGUUCGAAAUAGUCGACAAGAGGCUAGUUCAACUACGCUUCGACUUUUACCCGAGAUGUUGCGAGGUGAAAGUCUCUUUGGUCUCAGUGAGCCUCAUAUUGUACGUGCAAUAGAAUCCCUGCCUGGUGUGGAACACCUCACCGGUUAUGUGUUCAAGUUCGGUAAGAUGCAACUCAUCUCCCGAAUGCCUGUGAUGAUCAACCCGACAGGUUGUGCUCGCUCCGAGCCAAAGCGGCGGAAUUACGUGCGAAGUUGUGAUCGGGAGCGCGAGCAAGAGCAGGGACAAGGGAGAGUGUCAAGGCAAAACCAUCCCGCUACUUUAUCACCCCACUUAGGAUUCCUGCGGCCAUUAAAUCAAAUACCUCGCUACUGCUCCUCCUCCACCAUCGUCUCAAUCUCCCUUCCCUCCGGCUCCACAUCAGCUCCAGCAGGCAAACAAUCGCCCUCCACACAGUACCGUGCGUUGCAGAGUGAGUGGCGGAACAACGUUCUUCUCGCUCGCUCUAAAAUUCAAGGCUUGGGGCUGUUCGCCUCCCGUGAUAUUGAAAAGAAUGAGUUCAUUAUCGAGUAUCUGGGUCAGCUGAUCCGUAACGAGGUGGGGAAUAGGAGGGAGCGCCUUUACGAGUCGCAAAGUCGUGGAAUCUACAUGUUUCGUGCUGAUGAUAAUUGGAUUGUUGAUGCGACUAUGUACGGCGGUUUAGCGCGGUAUAUCAAUCACUCCUGUGAGCCGAACUGCAUUGCCGAGGUGAUUCUGUAUGACAACCAAAAACGCAUCAUCAUUAUCGCGAAUCGUUUGAUCAAAAAGGGAGAGGAGUUGACGUACGAUUAUAAAUUGGACGUCGAGACGGACAAGGGGAGCCGGAUACCGUGCUUGUGUGGGUCGCAACUUUGCCGCAAGUGGAUGAAUUAG